CUCGCGAUUCGACUCCUCUGCCUCGGCUCUGCGUUCUACUAGGCUCUCUUGCUGGCUGUCUCUGUGUCUGUGUGCACGGAUCAAGCUGGCGAAGCUGAUCAAUAGCACAUGGCACCGCUCGCACGGUAGCUCCCUGGCGGACGCCGAACAAGUGCAUUGACUGCAUCAUCAUCCCUCCCGGCCAAUGUCGCCCUAGCCCCGCCCCUUAGCCGUCUUUGUCUGCCUCCUCGGCGACUCUCUGGCUAGGUCGCUCAGCCUUACCCUCCUCCACUUGUCCUCUGGCUUGCUCGCGGUGCCCGUGCGCGUCGAUUCAAACAAGAUGAGGGCGCCUUCAUCAGCGCUCCUCGACCAUCCCCGUUCCCUCGAUGCUCGGACAACCGUAACUCUCCGCGCAGAGGCCACUAACACCCGUAUGAUAUAUUCUGGUCGCUGGAUCAUCAACGAGACUGGCGCUCAUCCUUCGUAUCGAAUCGGAGACUCCGAGGCUGCGUCGAUCACUUUCUACUUUGCCGGCUCGUCGCUAUCCGUCUUCACAAUCGGUCUACUUGACGAGGAACCCUCCGAGAACACGGCACACUUCCAUGCCACAUACAUGGUUGACGGGCGGGAAGACCUGUGUACUCCUUCACAACGCUCGUCGCACGCCGCGUCUCCCGUCAUAGCCCUGGUUGACUGUCAUGCACCUCCGUCUGCAGGUCGGCAUGUUUUCCUCCUUAGUGCACGCUCUCCGUCCUUUAGCUUCUCGCACAUCGAGAUAUACCUCGCACCCUCACCCGCGCCUACACUUCCACCCUCUCCCAACCAGCAAAUGGACCCCCGACCUGUCCUCCGACACUAUCUCGAUGGCCCUUCGCGCGUCGUGCACCGUCGUGACGGCGAUUCGCCCGUGUCCCAGUCUUCUCCCACAGGUGAACCCACCGCGUUCAGCCCCACCGGCCAGCUCAUGCCGCCCUGUCCCUUCACACCCGACUGCGACAUUCCUGGCCCCAGCUGCAUCAACCCCGGUCUUCCCUCAAGCUGUUCAUUCCCAUUUCCUCCAUCUGGUAUCAGCUUACCUACUGCUUCCUACAACUCCAACGGGGUCACAACUGAGACUGCGACCGCAACCGUCAGCAGUAUGACGAACACCUUCCCGGUGCCUAGCGCGGUGUCCAUGCCACCAGAGCCCUCAUGGCCUAUGCCUUAUCCGCCGUACCCUCCUCAAAGCUGGCCCGAGGCUCCCUCCGCGACUAGCUCACAGGCAUCCUCAUCAUCGAUAGGGGACAUGUCCAUCUCGCGCGGUCUAACUCCUGGGGGCAUCGCGGGGAUCGUAGUGGGAAGCGUCGGCGGGGUUCUAUUGUUAACGUUGUUCGUGUGGUUGCUAAGGAGGGGGACAUUUGGGAGCGGGACGUUGUUUGGGUUCAGGUAUGGGGAUGCGCGGUAUUCAGGGUGGAAGGCCGGUGUGACAGGGACGGAGAUGAGGAAGAGGGAUGUGGAAGGAUAUGUUACCGAUCCCGUAUCUUCUUCUGAAGGCUCGACUCUCGCCGCUCCCUUCGUCUCCGCGACGAAGCCCCCUCCCUACUCCCAAGACUCUUUCCAAGCCUCAUCCGCUUCGUCCCUCCGUAAACCGCCCCCUUUACCCGCAUUUUCACCCACACCCCCCUGGUCGACGUCAUCGUCCGCGUUCGAUCACGUAUAUGCCGUCAGCUCCGUCUCCGGGGCGUCCUGCUCCCAUACCCAGACAUACUCCGUCUCGAUGUCCGUCUCGGACAUGUCCACGCUGGUCUCUGAGCCCGUCCAGUCUCGCCCUCGAAGCUCGACGACGUACACAAACACGAGUCGGCUCAGCGUAGGCCCGGCGUAUGCCUACCGCCCGGUGCCCAUUCCUGAGCGAGUACGGAGCCCCCCGUCGACGGUAUCGACAUCUAUGGUCAGCUUCGAUCGCUCCGACCUCGAUGGCCCGGCCCCGGAUGUGGCCCCGUCGGAAACGGGGUCGGCGGAGCCGGAACCAGAAACCGAGACCGAAGGGGAGUCGCACUGGGAGUUGAUGACCGUGGAGAGCGAGGUUCCGUUCGCGCACGCGAGGAGAGCAAGUGGGACAGGUCGUCUUGGUGAGGGUGGCCCUCCGCUCGAUUCUUCUCAGCCGCCGACCGUUAUGCCGGCCUACUACCGGGUGUUCGUGAUAGAUUCACUCGUCGGAAAGCGUGGCUCAUCCGAAUCGGAGUGGACGACGAUGCGCUGCGCCUCGUCUGAGGACGGAAAGCUCGCGCGAGUGCGAGCGGUAUCCGCCAGCCUCGACCCAUGGUUGUCCGCCAGCGCCGGAGCGCGCUAG